CCCCCCCCCCCCCGGUCUGAGGGCGAACGAUCACUCGCUCCCCCCGACUAUUCAGGAUGGGUCGCUUCUAUACCUUCAGCCUCGCUCUGUUCGCGGCGACAGGGUCCUUCCUGUUUGGAUAUGAUAGCGGUGUGAUGACCGACGUUAUUGAAUCAAAGAACUUCCUGGCGUACUUUCAUACUACGCAAACGUCCACCAUCGUCGGGGCCAUCAACAGUACAUUCUCUGGAGGAGCUGCUAUUGGUGCUCUCCAGGGAGGUCUCACAAUGGACCGGUACGGCCGUAAAUUCACAAUUCAGAUGGGCGCCUUUAUUUGCUUGAUCGGUGCAAUUCUUCAAGCUUCGGCUAAGAACCUAGCCAUGAUUCUUGUUGGGCGUAUUCUUGCCGGAUGGGCUGUUGGUCUCAUGUCUAUGUCGGUCCCCGUCUAUCAGGCCGAGUGUGCUCAUCCCCGGACUCGUGGGAUGAUUAUUGGUCUCGCACAGCAAAUGAUCGGCGUUGGCUUCAUUAUUAGCACAUGGGUUGGGUUCGGUUCCUUGCAUGCACCAGAAAGCAGUGAAUUUCAAUGGCGAUUCCCGCUGGCGUUCCAGACAGUGCCUGCGCUUUUGCUGUUCAUUGGAUUAUUCUUCCUGCCAGAAUCCCCCCGGUAUCUCGUCGAGAAGGAGAAGUACGACGAAGCGAUGAAAAUCCUGCGGAAGCUCCACUACGAUGGGACGAAUGAAGAUUGGAUUCAACAGGAAUACGCUGAAAUCACAUCGACUAUAGAGGCCGAGAAGGCUGUCGCCGCUCCGGGAUGGCUCAUUAUGUUCAAGGUUCCCCAGUACCGGACACGUUUACUGCACGGUGUGGCUGUUCAAGUCUUUACCCAGAUGACUGGGAUUAACGUGAUUAGCUACUACCAGACCAUCAUGUACAACGCUCUCGGAAUCACGGGCAGCCGCAACAUUCUCGUCGCUGGUAUCUACAACUGCCUUGGGCCUCUCGCUAACCUGAUCUUCAUCUUGUUUGUCCUUGACCGAGUGGGCCGUCGUAAGCCUAUGAUGUUUGGCGCCGUCGGUAUUACUCUCGCCCUGAUUUGCGAAGCUGCCCUGAACUCCCAGAACGAGGACGGGACCCGACACGGAUAUAGUAUUGGAGGGGUCUUCUUCAUCUUCUGCGUCACGGUUAUUUUCUCCUUCUCUUUCGGGCCAUGCAGUUGGGUCUACAUGGCUGAAGUCAUGCCUAUGCAAAUUCGCGGUCGUGGAAACGCCUUCGCGACUGGUGUCGGUAACUGGGCCGUCAGCACCCUCUGGGCUCAAGUUUCGCCGAUUGCGCUGGGCAAGAUCCAAUGGAAAUUCUACUUCAUUUUUGCCGCGUGGAAUAUCCUUGUCACUCUUCCGUGUAUCUACCUAUUCUUCGUGGAAACAAAACAGAAGUCACUGGAGGAGAUCGAUCUCCUCUUCGUACGUCGUGGUCUGGGCAGCCCGCCCGAGGAUGUCACUACCAAGGGUGACGAUAUUGUGCUGACAGAGCACAAGUAUAAAAGCCAGGCGUGACAAGCACGUUCUAGGUACUCCGUACGGAGUACAAUGAUAUGAUAUCCAAUCCAUUGACUCCAUUUUCUAACUAGCUAUUCUACAGGGGUUGUUUAUUAAUGAUUAAGGGUUUCUUCCCCCCCCCC